AUGAAUUUACUCGUUGAUUUUUCACAUUUACUCAAGACAUGGGAUGAGGAGCUGUAUGAUGAUGCUGUACAAUGGAGUAAUAUGUGCGCUGGCUACUCAAAUCAGGUGCUUGAAAGGCGUGUAGGAAAAUGGAAUUCAGUCGGCCAAAAUGUAAAGGUGGUCAGUGAAAUUGCAGAUGCUGUUGCUUUAUGGGAAAGAGAAGGUGAUUAUUACAACCAUACAUGGAAUACCUGUCAGGAUGGUCAUUUCUGUGACAAUUACAAGCAGCUAAAACUAUCAUUGUAUGCUUUUGCCUUCACUGGUUCAGAGUAUUUCUGCAUUUUAUCAUUCUGA